AUUUAGGUUGUGACGGGAUGGGUUCAGACAGGAUAGACUUUUCUGUCAGUGCAGCUUGGAGGCCAUCUUUUGUGGAGUAUAACUAGAUUAGUGUGAUGACAAGAGGGGUGUUUUCCCCCUAAAUAUGGGCUGUCAGGUGAGGGAAGAGCAGACCGGGAGCGGUAGUAAUCCUUUAAGAGGAUCACGUUUGAAGGUGCAGGGGGGGAAUGAAAGAAGGCAUCAAAGAAACUGUCUGGUCGAGUCGUUUCUGUGCCUCACUUUGACGUGGUUGUGAUCAGUUUCAGGCACUUUGGUGGCGAUGCAUGGGUAUUUAGUUGCAGGCUGGCCACACUGAAGGAGGCGGGCCAGAGACACAUCAGAAUAUUUCGCAUCACAUUAAAGUACCAAGUAAGACUGCAUGAAUGGUGAGAGUGAGCAAAUGAGGGCGUAGGAGCAGACAACCAUGGCAGUGCUGCAGGUGCUGUGCAGUCUGAUUGGCUGGUCGGGUCUCUACGUGGCGUUCUGCAGGGUCUCUCCUCAACGGGGGCCCGAGUGGAACUGCCGCAUGGUCACGCUGUCCCACGGUGUGGUCAUCGUCCUGCUGACGGCGUACGUCAUCUUCGUAGACGGACCCUGGCCUCUCACGCACGCAGGAACAGAAAACACGCGCCUACAGAUUCGGGCCUUGUCCGUCUGCCUCGGCUACUUCCUUUUCGACAUUGGCUGGUGUGUGCGCUUCGGCACGGAGGGCAGGGUGAUGCUGGCCCACCACGCUGCCAGCAUCGCGGGGAUCCUACUGGCGCUGCUGACGGGGGCGUCGGCCUGCGAGACCUGCGCCGUGAUCUUCGGCAGCGAGCUCACCAACCCACUGCUGCAGACCCGCUGGUUCCUGCGCCGCACGGGCCUGUACGACAGCCUGCUGGGCGACGCCGUGGACCUGCUCUUCAUCUUCCUAUUCGCCACCGUCCGCGUAGGCGUGGGCGGCGCCAUGUUCUACCACGAGUUGACCUCGCCGAGAACGGCGGCGGUCAUGAAGUUAGGCGGCGUGGUCAUGUACGGACUGGCAUGGGUGUUCAUGGCAGACAUCGCCAGAUUUGGCUACAAAAAGAGUCGGGUUCGGUAUAAGCAGUGGCGGGAAAAGCACAAAGAAGUCAAUAUGGAGGGGAAACAUUUGGCAGCGGACUAACUGUUGUUCACACUGCCAUCUACAGGCGCUGGAACGAACUACACUUUUGUCUUGAUUGUAAUUUCUUGUCAACAUGGAGGGGAAACGGGCUUCACGGUGGAAGAGGGGUUAGUGCAUCUGCCUCACAAUACGAAGGUCCUGCAGUCCUGGGUUCAAAUCCAGGCUCGGGAUCUUUCUGUGUGGAGUUUGCAUGUUCUCCCCGUGAAUGCGUGGGUUCCCUCCGGGUACUCCGGCUUCCUCCCACCUCCAAAGACAUGCACCUGGGGAUAGGUUGAUUGGGAACACUAAAUUGGCCCUAAUGUGUGAAUGUGAGUGUGAGUGUUGUCUGUCUAUCUGUGUUGGCCCUGCGAUGAGGUGGCGACUUGUCCAGGGUGUACCCCGCCUUCCGCCCGAUUGUAGCUGAGAUAGGCGCCAGCGCCCCCCGUGACCCCGAAAGGGAAUAAGCAGUAGAAAAUGGAUGGAUGUGAUGGAGGGGAAACAUUUGGCAGCGGACUAACUGUUGAUCACACUGCCAUCUACAGGCACUGGAAGGAACUACACUUUUGUCUUGAUUGUAAUUUCUUAAUAAACCUUAUUUGGUCAACAGGAAGCUAACUUUGCCAUAUCCAA